AUGUUGUCAGCAAAAUGGGAGUCAGCAAAGAGGGAUGUCGGCAAAAUAGGAAUUGGUGAAGUGGGAAGACAUGGCAAACACAUUCUGAGAUCCUCUGUGUUAGGCAUGGUUUUUCGGGACAUUCUGGUAAGUGAAAAUUUAAAAAAAAUCACACUUCUAUAACAACUCUCGGAAUCAAAAAACAUUUGCAUUUGAAAUCAGUUUAUUCGAUACAAAGCCUUCAAAUUGCAGACCGCCGUUAGGUAAUAAGAUAACUGACCUAGAACUAUUUUGAAAUGUAAUCAUUUUCUUAUGGCCAGUCACAUAUUUCCACGAAACAAAGUACAUAGAUAUAUUAUUAACAUCUGCAUAGGUAUUUUUCAAGGAGGUUUUCUGUGUCCAAAUAGACACAGAGUGAAGUAUAUUGGAUACUCAGUAUAGAACAAGACUGCUUACUGUGUGUCCACUAGAAAAUAAAUUUUGAAUUAUUGAAUUAAUCGAUUAUGUAACAAAAUAUUAUAUUUGAUAAAAUAUUCCCACUAGGGAGGAAGGAAAAGUCCAAAAGUUUAGGAGAAGGUCAAUCAGAUUGUAGAAAUCAUUUAAAGGAUGGGGUGGAAACGCAAUGGACAUUUAUUAAAAAACAAUAACCCGAUUCCUAAACCGGUAAAAUCGUCAAAUUUCAUAUUAUACGCAUAACUACUAAUACGGAUAUAAUAUAAAAACUUGUUUAACAUUUUUCGUAUUACUUUCCAGUAUGCUGAAUUGGUACUUUAAAUCUCUGUAGGCGUUUUCUAUUUGCUCGAUGGUAUUGAUCGAAAUGUCUAUAUGAAUAUAUAUGAAUACAUAUGUAUAUUAUUAUAUUUUCCAAACCUCAAAUGACAUAGUAUUAUAACUGUACAAAAAAAUAAAUACCAACCUAUUUGAUUAUCCAGCUUCUGAUAAUGGUUGUUAAAAAGGGAGACAUUACUUUUCAUUGAUUUGUCUAUAAUAUUUAAAAUAUAUAAAUGAGAAAUCCUUUCUAAAACAAUAUCCUUCAAAUUAAGUAAGCUUUAAUUAUUGUAUAAUAUACCAUAAACACGUCGUCGGUUAUUUUCUAGAUAUAUUUCGGCGAAUAGAUAUCUGCUAAGUUGCAUUACGAUCAUCCUGGUUCUAUGGGCCAACAUAGACAAUUCGGUAUUCAAAGCCAAUGAUAAUGGCAAAACUAUAAUAUAAUAUUAUUAUUUAUACAAAUAAACAAUAAAAUAUUUAAGGCACAUGAUUUCAUUAUUUUAAAUUUUAACUUAUGUCAACAAAUACUAACGAUAAAUAGAUAGCUAUAUAGCAAAAUAAUUACCUAUUAUAAACCCUUGUUAAUAGAUUUAUACCUAUGUAUGUUUUUUUUAUUCAUCAAAUUGUAGGUAAAAUUAUCAAUUGCUAAAUUCCUAUUAUUCCUAACAGAACCAUUUUAUAGUUAUGUUUUAAACUUUUUAAACUACAUUGAUAGAUAUUAGAUGUGGUUAAAAAUUGCUAGAAUGUGUGCCUCUUUUUCUAGAAAUUUUCAAAAUGAAUAAAAAAACAUGGAAAAACGAAAAACUGGAAAAUGUACGGUAUUACAAUUACUGUAUUUUAAAUUUAAAUGGUUUUUGUUUUUUACUAAAAACAUUUUUCCAAUAGAAAAACAGCAAGAGAACUUUUUUGUUUCAUCUCAUUAUUUAAUCAUCUAAUUAUUUAAUCAAAUUAGUGAGUAAGAAAGUCAUUUUUUGAUAAGAUUUAGUAUAAGGCACAUUUUGAGGUAAAAUAUUAUAUUAUAGUAUUUUAGAUUCUAAACGAAACGAAGAAUGUAUUGGUCUUAUUAUGAAGUUUUUUUUAGAUUCUGAGUGUGGCGAAUGUUUAAUUAAGAUGUUUAUUUAUUUUUUUUUUUUACUGUGCAGAAAAAUUCAGCCAUAAAUCUUGUUCAGAUAUAUAUGCGUGACACUAUAUCUGAAAGGAUCCAGAUGGUACUUUUGGGACAUCAUUUUUUAAUUUUCCAAGCGGCUUUCAUAAUAUCUGGGAAAAGCCAGAAUAAAACGUCAGAAAAACGGGAAAUUUACGAAAUUAAUGCUUUUAUUAUUUUACCAGUUUUGUUAUUUGUUGUAAUUCAGUUAAAAAUAUCUGUAGAAACUCUAUGAACUUAAAAAUUGGACAAAAAACUAACAUUUGCCUUUUCUAGAUGUGGUAAAUCGUAAAAUUUACGAUUCUCGCAAUAAUUUGAUAUUAAAAUUGACAUUAAAAAAAGCUAUCCUAGGAUAAUGGGGACGAGUGCAGGAACUCUUGUUGGUGAGAAGUUGGGUACUUACAAAUACAAAUUAGUUUCCCUUCUAUAUUCUAAGUAACGAUAAAUCAUUGCUUACUAAAAAUGAUUCUAAGCGGAGUUCAGUUGGUAGCUAUGCUUUUUCAACAGUAAUAUAUAUGCCAUAAUAUGGUAAAAUAUUUAAAUAGGCAUUUGUUUUUUUAUAUUUUUUACGUUUUUUUUCAAUCUUUUACAUUUGAUGAGAAAACUCCUGAGAAAAUGGAAAAAUGGCCUCCUUAAAGUACCACCCUAACAAAAAUUCCUUUCAAAACAGGGUUACAUCGUAUACAUCAGAGUAGGCUUUCUGGUGAAAAAACUGUUCACAUAAAAAAAAAAAAAUAAAUAAAUAAACAUCUUUCUAAAACUAAUACAUUUUUCGCUCCACUCAGAAUUUAAAAAUACUAAAUGAAUUUCAAUUUAUUUUUUUACCACAAAGUAAGACUUACAGUGAAUAUCUUAUUAAAUUUUCAGCUUUUACUGUUAUACCUACCUACCAAAAAAAAAAAAAAAAACACAGUAAAUGUAUCAGUUAUAUUUUUUGUCUUUAUUUGGUUUUUCCCAAUUAUGAUGAAAACAACUAAGAAAAUCUUCCUAUCUUCUUAUUUAAGAAAAUAACUUCCUCACUCAUUAACUAAAUUAAAAAAGCAACAAAAAUGGUCUUAUAUUGUUUUCUUAUUGGAAUAAUAUAAUUAUUUUAAAUAAAUUUAAAAUAAUGAAAUCUUAACGUUGUAUAUUUGUCUAUUUUCAUUUUAAGUUUUUUCUUUGUUUUUUGUAAUUAUUCUUUUAAUACAUCUAUAAAAGGAAAAUACAAAUUAUCUGUCUAAAGGUUACCGUAAUUAAGUUAAUGAUUUCUUAAUAAAGUAAUAAGUCUUUAAAACUAUUAUGGUUGUACACUUGCACCCCUGGCAAUGAGAGGGGAUGAUCUUCACUUUUUUUUUAACUACGCCACUAACAGAAUCGGGUCAGAUUAAUACUAUACAUACUAAUUAUUUAAAAAACAAUGUAUCAAAAUGUUCACAUUUGAAUUUCAACAAUUAACACUUAAACCCCCUCCUUCUCCCUCAAAAAAAAAAGAAAUUCAGUAAAAUAAAAACAAUUUACAAACUAUUUUAUGUGUUUAUAAAUAAAGAAACUUUUGUAUUAAAUAUUUUUCUCUAUUUUGAAUAUCUACAGGAGAAAAUUGCUGCAACAUAAAAUUGUGAUCACACUGUGUAUACAGGUGUCCAACAAUGAUCUGCCACUUGAAAUAACUUUUGUUCUAUUUAAUAUUUUUGAUAUAUUGUUUUUUAAAUAAUUAAUAUGCCUUUGCGCUACAGUUUAUGUUAGUGAUCUCAAACAUACAACCCACGGGCCACAUGUGGCCCACGUACCCUUUCCAUGUGGCCGGCAAUAAAAAUAAAUUUUGAACAAAAAUAUAUGAACAAAUUGUGAAAAUGUUAAUUUUUGUUUUACGCAUCAUAAAGACAUAGAUUAUAAAAUAUCUGACGUUUAUAAUGUUUUAUUUUUACAUUAAUCGUUCAUAAAUCCCAUUAUACUCAAUAAAGUAUUUGAAAUGCGGUAAAUCUAAUCUAGAAAAAUAAAUAUCAUUGUAUUUCGGUGUAGGUGCAGAAAUAGUGAGUAUCAGUUUGACUGUGACUAGUGUUGUUUUGUUCGUACUAGUAACUAUAGUAAUAGUUGUUAUAGUUAUAGUUAUAGUAGCUAUUUAAGUGUAAUUUUAAAUUUAAGUUUAUAAGCGUAUAUCAAACCGAUGAAACGUAAAAUUGACGAAGAAAGACGGGCUUUUCAAGAAAAAUGGGGCUAUGCAUACUUUUUUACUAAUUCUAAUUCUCUUCUAAUAUGUUUGAUUUGUAAAUAAAAUGUAUCUGUCAUCAAGGAGUACAACAUUAAAAGACAUUAUGACACAAAUCAUUGUAAGAUUUACGAUAAAUUUGUAGAAAAAUUACGCGAAGAAAAUUUUGAAGAAUUAAAAAUAAAUCUCUCGCAUCAAAAAAAAUUAUUUGAUAAUAUAAGAAAAGAAAAUAUUUAUUCUGUUAAAUAUAGUUACGUUACAUCAAGAAAAAUCGCACGUACGUCAAAAGCUUUUUCUGACGGUGAAUUUAUUAACGAGUGUAUAGUUAGUGCGGUGAAAGUAAUAUAUCCCAAAAAGAAACAAGCAUUUAUGAAUAUAAGUUUAAUUGGAAAUACUAUUGCUCAGAGAAUUGAAGAAAUGGCUAACAAUCUUAAACAACAAUUGCAUGAAAAAAGUAAACGAAUUUUAAAUUAAUCUAUUACUGUUGACGAAAGUACCGGUAUUACCAAUACCGCUUAGCUAUUUUUAUUUAUAGAGUUUUCGAUAAUUUUGGUAUAACUGAAGAACUCUUGGACUUGAUUCCUAUGAUUGACACAACAACCGGUAGUGAUUUAUAUGACUGUAUUAAAAAGUAUCUUAAUGAAUUAGAAGAUUGGAAUAAAUUGGAAUAA